AUGUGCUUGUUUCCACAAAGAGCUUCGUAUUGCUCAAAGACUCAGAAUAACCAAAUCUAUGAUUUUAAACAUAAUAUAGACCCAACUACAUCAAGUUACCAAACCAAAAAACUUAUCCAACAACUCAAUAAUACAACCCAAACUAUUCCAAAAUCUCCAAUCCCUCAACAAAAACCUACUAAUGAAAUACCAACUACUCCUUCUCCAUAUUCUCAUACUCAUACAUGCCCAACAUGUGAUCAACUAAUUAACUGCAAAUCAAUUAAUGAUCAGCACUCACCUCAAAGUGGUACAAUUAGACAAGACAAAAACUACUACCACUCUACCUGUGCUGCUUCUACUUCUUUCUCAGUCUCUUUUAUCUCUGCACUACCUGAUGAAGUUAUAAAACAACCCAAACCACCUUCUAUAUCGAGCUUGGUAGAUAAUUUUCAAAAAUCUAAUCAGACUCAAAAACCUCAAUCACAAGUUAAAAAUAAUAAACCAAACCCUCUUAACAAUCUUUUUCCACUUACUUCAACCCAAGAACCACAAUCUAACACUGAUAUGGAAGUCAAUCAUUCACUUUCUCCUUCUCCUGUUAAUCAAUUUUUUGCUAACAAUAACUCUAUUCAAUCAUCAAAUUUAACUCAAACUAACUUUUCUAAAAAUAUUAUUGAAGAUACUACAAUAGAAUCAGAUCACAAUAUUAUUCUACUUGAAUUUUCUAUUCUAUUAACAAUUUCUUCUUCAUACAAACAACCUCCUAGGAAAAUCUCUCUUUGGAAACAAGUAUCAUUUGAACAAAUCCAAAAAUACCAAACACAUAUAGAUCAAAACUUAACUAAAAUUCGCUUACAUAUUCCACAAAUUCAAAACCAA